UCCACUCAGGGGGACGGGUCGCCGUUGGGAGUGGGAAGACGGGCCCGGUCGGGAGCUGCUCCGCCAUGUCUCAGCCCCUGGCUCUGUUGGCGUUGCGCCGCUCCCUGCUGGCAGGCGGCAGCGCGGCUCUCUCUCCGCAACGCCGCGGCGCGAUUGCCGGCUUCCGUCGCUCCUCCGGCGCGGCCCCACGGGCCGGCGGUUUGCGCAGGAGGUUCCUGGCGGGCACCGCUGCCCUGGUCGGGGCGACGGUCGCCGGCUUUGCGGUCGCUCGCAAGCCGGCUCUGAUGGCUUCCGAAAGCCCGCCCAGCGGCGGCCAGCCAGCGCUGAAUGAAAUAUUGCAGAAAUGCAGCCGCUUCAUGUGUGAUCCGGUGACCGAUAUCAACAAACUGCUGGAAAACAGGGGUGAAAUCAGGACUCAGAUGGAAUUGCUGAUCAUGGAGGUACAGGCUGAUGUUUGCAAAGCCUUGGCUGAGGUUGACGGUCAGGCGUUCAAAGUAGACCGAUGGCACCGCGAAGAAGGUGGUGGUGGUAUAAGCUGUGUGCUUCAAGAUGGGAAAGUGUUUGAGAAAGCCGGGGUCAAUGUUUCUGUGGUAUAUGGCAAUCUUUCAAAAGAAGCUGCAGAGCAGAUGAGGAGCAGAGGAAAAGAACUAAAGCUCAAAGAUGGAAAACUGCCCUUUUGUGCCAUGGGAGUGAGCUCUGUGAUCCAUCCCAAGAAUCCUCACAUUCCAACAAUCCAUUUCAACUACCGAUAUUUUGAAGUUCAAGAAGGAGAUGGUCAAAAAACAUGGUGGUUUGGGGGUGGAACGGACCUUACCCCUACUUACCUGAAUAAAGAUGACGCUAUACAUUUCCACAAAACUCUGAAGGAGGCCUGUGACAAACAUGGUAAAAGUUAUUAUCCAGCUUUUAAAAAAUGGUGUGAUAAUUAUUUUGUCAUCAAGCAUCGUGGAGAGCGGAGGGGAGUAGGUGGCAUAUUUUUUGACGACUUGGAUUCUCCCUCAGCGGAUGAGUUGUUGAAAUUUGUACGUAGCUGUGCUCAGGCAGUGGUUCCCUGCUAUAUUCCCAUUGUGAAGAAACACCUCUAUGACUCUUUUACACCGGAGGAGAAAGCAUGGCAGCAGCUCCGCAGAGGCAGAUAUGUAGAAUUCAACCUAAUUUAUGACAGAGGAACAAAAUUUGGUCUGGCAACUCCAGGAUCCAGGAUUGAAAGCAUUUUGAUGUCUCUUCCACUGACUGCUAGGUGGGAAUACAUGCAUAAUCCUGCCAAAGGUACCAAAGAGGCAGAAAUACUGGAGGUAUUGAAGAAUCCCAAAGACUGGGCUCAUUAAUGUGGAUAAACAGGGUUAAACAUGAAGGCUGAAGACUGAGCUUGUCUUUCUUCUGCUACGUUGUUUUUUAAAAUAUAAACCUAAUGGCUAUUGCUUUUCUCACCCAAAGACAACAUGCUGCAAUGCUUUUAAGAAGGAAUGAGUUAUUUAUAAACUGUUCCAAUGCAGUGGGUAUAAAUAUGUAUUGCCUUUGUCAAUUCUACACCCUUUAAAAUUGGAGAUGGAGUGAAAAAUAAGAUUGAGUUGAUGUCAAAGUUUCAAUGUACUUGAUGCUACAUUAAGAUAAUUGAGAAACAAAAGACAUCUCAGUGUUGGUCUGAGCAAAGUAUAAAUUUUGUCUUAAUUUAAAAUGAAAUGUGCAGCCUUUCAAAAUUUGUUAUAUAUGUUUCAAGUCUUGUGCACUUUUUAAUUAAACAGGUCAAGUUUGUUAUAAAUAAACAAUGGGAUGUAAUGUGAUGAUAAUCUUGGAUGGUUAAUGGGAUUUAAUAAUCUCUUUUCCAGAGUUGAUUUUGCUAGUUUGUAUUAAAAAAAACAUUUAGAAAAAAAUCAGGUGCAGAAGUAUUUGUUGUAAAUAUAAGAUAGAGCUUCAAAGUUUUUAUAUCUUGGAAUUGAUGAAACAACAAAAUUUAUCUGUGAGGGAAAACAUCCAAAUCAUGUUUUUCUAUCCCCAUGUACCUAUUUUUUUUCUAGUUCUGUAACUUUUCAGAACUGUUGAUAUUCCCUUCUGGUGUUGGGAUUUUUAAAUGAUAUACCAACAGUAUUAAAGUUUAUAAAGAAUGA